AUGUUGAGCGGCCAUACCUUCCUCCACCUCUCUGCCCUUGCUACCUUCUUGCUGGGUACCGUGCAAUCUGCCCCUCUCACCUUCCGCCUCGGCAAGCGUGAUGUGGCCUUCGACUACCAGAAUGACAAAGUCCGUGGCGUGAACUUGGGUGGCUGGUUCGUGCUCGAGCCAUGGAUCACUCCCUCCAUCUUUCAGCCCUGGGCCACGAGCAUGACCGUCGUCGAUGAGUACACCUACACUCAAACCCUCGGCAAAGACGCUGCAUCUGCUGCUCUGACGAACCACUGGAACACCUGGAUCACUGAAGAUGACUUUAUCCAAAUCGGCCAGAAUGGCCUCAACCAUGUUCGGAUUCCCAUCGGAUACUGGGCGGCUGCUCCCUUAGAGGGCGACCCGUACGUCCAAGGCCAAUUGGAUGUCUUGGAUCAGGCCAUUGGCUGGGCUCGAACUGCUAAUCUCAAAAUCUUGCUUGAUCUUCAUGGAGCGCCUGGAUCGCAGAAUGGCUUCGACAACAGUGGCCGCUACGGGCCGGUGGAUUGGCAGCAAGGAGAUACGGUUAACCAGACACUCACCGCGCUUCAAAACCUCGCUCAGCGCUAUUCCGGCGACACUGACGUCGUCACGGCAAUUGAGCUCCUCAAUGAGCCUCUUGGUGGCUCUCUCAACCUCGACGAGCUUAAGACCUUCUACCAGUCCGGCUACGAGACCGUGACCGGAGCCAGCGGCAACUACGCAACCUGCAUCCAUGACGCUUUCCAAGACAUCGAAACCUAUUGGAACGGCUUCAUGACCCCAGCCUCGUCGGGCGACCAGAAUGUGAUUCUCGACACUCAUCAAUAUCAAGUCUUCUCGCCAGCUCAAGUCGCCAUGAGCCCCUCGGACCACGUCUCCGCCGCCUGCGCUCUCGGCCCCCAACUCGCCGGAACCGACAAGUGGACCAUCGUCGGCGAAUGGACCGGCGCGCAAACCGACUGCGCCCAAUGGCUCAACGGCCUCGGAAAAGGAGCCCGCUAUGACGGCAGCCUCGCCAAUUCCGGCUCCAGUUACGUCGGCUCCUGUGCCGGCAAAGCCACAGGCACGGUCGCGGCCCUGAGUUCCGACGACCAGGACAAUCUGAAGCACUUCAUCGACGCCCAGCUCGACGCCUACGAGCAGCACACGGGGUGGAUCUUCUGGACCUGGAGGACCGAAAGCGCACCUGAAUGGCACUUGCAGAAUCUGACCGCGGCCGGCCUGUUCCCCAACCCGCCCACGAGCAGGGCUUAUCCGGGGCAGUGCGACUCCUAG